AUGUCAAAGCGAAGUUGUUACGUGAAAAGUUUCGAUUCAAUACUAUUUCUGGGCGCAUUCAUCGGCGUCUCGCAAUUUUCGCUCGCCAAUUCAAAAUGUCUGAGCCGAUUCAGUUCGAUUCUAUUCAUACCCUUUCUGGCGUCAUUUAUCUACUUGAGUUUGGCCAGUUACCACUUCAACACCAGCGAAAUGCUGCAGGAGGAAGUGGUGAUUCUGUCGUACGGCAUCUGGACUGUAUUCUGCGUCAAUUUGCUCGCAACGCUGAGCAGAUUUCCCUAUUAUUUCGCUGUGCGUUGCCUCUUCAAGCGCGUAAUUCUAGACGUGAAUGAAAUCAAUAAGCGGCUCCGCAUGCAACCGAAAUACACGAAGAAUACGUUGAAAAUGUGGAUGGUUUUCUUCGUUUUUACCAGCGCCAAUGCAAUGGUGCGAUGGUGUGCCGAUAUGCAUUGGUCCAUCAAAUUGGCUAUCUUCGCUGGGAAUUUGAUGUAUUAUUGUGAGAACAUGUUCGCGUACAAGAUACUCAAUGAAAUGGCAUUACAAUGUGAGCGAAUACACGCACUCAUGUUCGAAGGGUUGCAAUUCGUACAAGAUGAACAUAAUAGGCAACUCAAAGUACAAGCACAGCAUGCACAACAGAAGGUACACAGAGUUGCCUAUCUUGAAAAGUUUCAGGACUUGACUCAAAUACAUCUGGAGAUUUGUCAAUGUGCAAAGAAAGCGAAUAAUUUAUUUGGUGCACCGAUUAUGUCACUGUUUAUUUUGGAUUUUGCAGUGGUAACUCUCACAUUGUACGACGUGUGUAAUGGUAUUGUCGAUUUAGAUUUAACUACUUAUGAUCAACUACAAUUGCUUAUGAUUCUUGGGAAUUGUCUGCAGAUUGUGAUAAUAUUCGCUAGAAUAAUUAUUUCUAUUUAUUCAUGGACACAUCUAGAUAAAAAGUUGAAAGAAACAGUACUCAACGUUCAUAAACUCUGGAACAUCUUAUCGAUUAAUAAUCAAAUCGGGAAGUGGGCCGGAUGCAUUCAGUUGACGACGAUACAACUGUCAAACGCGAUUCCGCAGUUCAGCGCGUCCGGCAUAGUCGAUAUCGAUUGGCCGGCCAUCAUUUCGAUUAUAUCGGCCGCAUCCACAUACGUGGUGAUAUUAAUACAAUUCGGUUCGAUUAAGCGCCAUAUUGUGAGUGGUGAAGCUGGUGGAGGCGCGCCGCCAUCACAAACAAUAUUAUUCCCUGCAUAA